GGUACUGCUAACACUCAACCUUCAGGACGCGUGAACUGAAACAACAGCCAGAAAACAGAGCAGCGGCGCAGCAAUCUGGCGGUUCCAGAAUUGGAAGCAGAAGGCGAAGCGAACCACCCGCCGACAUCGCCGGAGAAGUCGCCAGAUCUGGUCAUUCUGUCUUCGUAGCCACUCGUCGUCGCCUUCCCCCACUUCAAGAGAGUUAGCUAUCAUGCAAAGCCCCAGCAAACUGCCUGACACCCUUGUCUGUGAAUCCGUUGCUGUGUCUGGACUCCAAGGUUGGGCAGACCUCCCAGAUGGCCUGCUUCAGUCCAUAAUUGCUUUGUCUGGAUCAUUCAUCGACCUUCUUGCAUUUGCUGGCACAUGCCGCUCUUGGCGUGUUGCAUUCUCAUCGUACCCAUCCAAAUCAAGCAUUCGCACUAUGUUACCACCUCUCCUCAUCCGCCCCAAUGUUCGUGUCAAAGCUCCUCAUCUCCCUUCUAACAAUGGUCAUCGCAAGCUACGCAUUUGCCAGGUCUUAGAUCUAUCUAAGCAAAACACCACCUUUCGCUGCCAGAUUCCUAAAGAAACUUUGCAGAUGAUGCAUUUUGCUGGCUGUUCCUAUGGUCAUCUGAUCUGUUGCCGGCGUCGUUAUUGUGUUGUUGUUGAUGUGUUCAGUGGUGCAGAGGUUUCACCUCCACGUCUCCCAUCCAGCAAUGACUGUGAAGAGUUCUACUAUAGUGGCACUUUGACAGCUCCCCUUGCAUCACCUAAAUCGCAUCUCCUCAUCAGUUCUCAGACAUCCCUAUUUGAUUGGCCAGUUGGCAGUGACACUUGGUUUGAACUCCAACUUGAUGAUGCACGUAUAGAACAAAUUGUGGAAUUCAAUGGUAAGUUCAUUGCGAUGGAUUAUCAUUAUAGGAUCUACACUUUGCAGCUGGCUCCCCGGCUUGGUUUGCAGGAGAUAAAAACUGAGUGGUGGGAUGGCAUGGCUGAAUGCCCAUAUUUAAGACCAUGGCUAGUGGUCUGUGGUGACAUGCUUCUAAUUGUUGAUCAUUGCAUCAACUUAUCCUAUGGAGCACCAGUGACCUAUAGACCCUACCGCCUCGAUAUGACUACAAAGCUGGCAAAAUGGGUGGAGGUGAAGAAGCUGGACAACUGGGCACUCUUUGUUGGUGGUGAUGUGAGGAGCACGCCGUUUUCUUGCAUGAAUCCAGAACUAUGGGGAGGGAAGAGGAACUGCUUGUACUAUGCCCAUUACUCUCAACCUAUGAGCAUACAUGGGUUUGGUGACCAGGCAGAUGUGGUGUGGGAUCGAUCAACCGAUCCUGACCUUCUGUACAAAAGGAACUGGUACCGCCAGCUGCAGGCCCUCUGGGUGUAUCCAAGCAUGUUCUACUCAGAUGACGAGUGACUGUCCUAUGCAUUUGCAGUUUCUGCUCUAACAUUUUCUUUGUAAAAUUUCCACCUCCCAAGAGAGAGCAGAAACUUUUCCAGCUUGGACAGGGAUACAUCAUGGAGGCAGGAUUACUCAAGGUUUCGCCAUUCUGGUUUUAGAACUUUGCAGGAGAUGUUUAUGGUGUACUUAGCGCUUACUCCAGCUUCUGCCGUUUGUUUAACUGUUCACCCUUUUGAUGUGCCAUUUAAUCUAUCACUGGAUGGAUGUGUGUACUUACCAACAUACUGCUUUUAUGUGGUAGAACUGGCAUGUCUUGCAUUCUUUCCCUGUUUCAACUCUUUUUAUUGUAGAAUGGUGUAUUUUUUACCCUUUUUUAUCUAUGGAAUUUUUCUAUGAUUUAUUGUUGA